AUGGCCCACUGGAGGGAGGAGUACGCAGCCGCUUUGGCGACUCGAGAUCGCCGUGAGAAGGCCAAUGUCGUAAUCUACAAUGCAUAUACCCAGCUCGCCGACAGAACGGCCUCGGCGGUAGUAACAUCCAAUACUCAGAGUGCUGCUCAACGAUCGACACCCUCGACGCCAAUCGCCGAUCCCCGACAGCAACCAUCUCCUGCAUCAGGACCCUUCCCGCAGGACAUCCUCUCGGCAACACGAGCAGAUCUAGCCGAAGCGCAACGGUCUCGUUCCGAGCUUCAGGAACGGCUUGCCCGUGCAACCACAGAGUUGGAGAGGCUGCGGAAAAGAAACAACCAGGACGGUAGACGGAUCUACUCUAUGGAGGGUGAGAUUACGCAUCUGCAGCUUAGAUUAAAGGAUAGGGAUGAGGAGUUGAGAGAAAAGGCGAAGCUGUUGGAGGGUUUCCAGGACGAGAUCGCAACCUUUGAGCUUCAGCUCAAUAUGGCCGAGGAGCGGUCAAACCGGCUACAGAAGGAGAACCAGGAGCUGGUCGAUCGUUGGAUGGCUAGGAUGGGGAAGGAGGCAGAUGCCAUGAAUGACGCUUACAAAUUCUCGUGA